UAUAAGCACUGAAGACCCAAUAAUAAUUCAAGCUUCUUCUUCUCGCUAUCACUAGGUAGACUGUUUACCCGUUUCCAGGGUUUUAACGUCGGCUUCAAUGGUGGCUUUUCCCACUUCCCUUGGACAACUUGGUCUUCGUCUCCUUCAAACUGUAUCAUUCCAUGGCCUGCGGGUUCAAGGUAUUCGCGUGGGGAACACAGAGAUCCCUAACAACAAGCGCCUUGCAAUUGCGCUCCAGAACAUCCAUGGAAUUGGUCCCUCUAAGGCUCGUCAGAUCCUUGGUGUGCUUGGGAUGGAGAACAAACUUGCAAAGGACUUAACUGGAAAAGAAAUAAUGGAUCUUCGUGAGGAAGUUAAUCGAUAUGAGCAUGGAGAAGAAAUGAGGCGACAUGUGAAUGCUGAAAUACAGAGAUUGGUAGACAUUCAGUGCUAUAGAGGAAUUAGACACACUCAAGGAUUGCCUUGCAGAGGACAACGCACAAAAACUAAUGCCCGGACGUUGAAGGGUAAGGCAUUAGCAAUUGCUGGAAAGAAGAAAGCCUCUCGCAGAUGACCUAAUUAAUAAUUUAUUUCUAGACUCUGCUAUAAGCCCAUAACUGAUUUGUAGUUAUAACUCAUGUUUCACUCAACUAAUGCAAUGUCUUUUGCUAUGGUUUUUAUCUUUGAUUAAAGAGCACAAGCAAUUUUGUGUUGUUGUCUCUUAAA